AUGGCUUCAGCAGCUUCAAAGCAGGUGCACCGCGUCACCCUCUUCAAGAUUCCAGAGCCAAAGGACAUUCAAGCCGUACUGGAUAAAUACACCACGCUAGGCCAAGAUGCAAAGAAGAACGGUCAACCAUACAUUCUCCGAUGUGUCGCAGGACGUGCAGUCGACGAUGCAAGAAGCCAAGGAUAUACUCUAGCGGCACAAACGACGUUCUCGAGUCUGGACGAUAUGAAAUACUACGACAAUGAGUGUGAGGCACAUGCUGCAUUGAAGGCUGUGGCCAAGGAAAAGGUGGCUGGGCCGCCAUUGAUGGUGUUUUUUGAUAACGCCGUUGGUGGUUCUGCUUGA